AUGGAGAUUGUCUACAACAAGCUCACGCAGCGAGCGCUAGACGUCCUGGAACAAGCACAACACCACUCCUCACAGUCACGGGUUGUGAUUAUCCUAGCUGGCCCGCCUGGCUCCGGGAAGUCUACUAUUGCGUCUCAAGUUGUCCGCAACAUCAAUGACCAACACCGCAAUCCCAUCGCCGCAGUACUGCCAAUGGAUGGCUACCACUACUCGCGGGCAUUCCUCGACACGUUUCCCAACCGGGAAGAAGCUCACGAGAGAAGAGGAGCUCAUUGGACGUUUGAUGCGAAGUCUGUUGUUGAGCUGAUCAAGGUGCUGCAUGCAUCGCGCACCAGGUCUUCAGACAUUAUAAGCGCGCCUAGCUUCGACCACGAGAUCAAGGACCCAGUGCCCGACGCUAUAGAAAUAUCCCCAGAAAUUAAGAUUGUAAUUGUUGAGGGAAACUGGCUUUUGUACAAUCAGGAUCCGUGGGCUCAGAUUGCCAAAUGCGCCGACGAUACUUGGUUUGUCGACGUUGACUCGUCGCUGGCGUUAAGACGAGUCGCGAUAAGGCACCUCGCUUCAGGCAUUGAAGGCACUUUCGAAGCUGCAAUGGCUCGAGCUAGGAGUAAUGAUAUGCGAAAUGGAAACGAGGUGCGGAAAUAUCUGGUUCGACCGAAUAUUACUAUUCAAAGCAUAGAGGAAUCAUAG